AUGUCUCAAUUUUACUCGUACAGCUACGUCAAUGAUCAACAAGUCUCAUUCCUCGACAUAUCCCAUUCCACUAAUCAAAUGUCUUAUGCGCCAAGCGAUUAUUCAUACCUCUCCCACAUCCCCUACGAUCAGCAAACGGAUAUGAUGACCGAUUACAGCGACGUGAUGAGCUACCAUCAGCUAACGGAGUUCGACAACCCGGACAACCACUCAAUCGCGCCAGCCCCUCACUCCCCCAACACCAGCGGCGAGUCCCUGGCCCACUCGCUCGAAUCGCCGGACCACAGCGACAAGAGCCAGCUCUGUGUGAACGAGACGGUGAUUUCAAGAAGCGCAAGGCAGAUCCGCAAGCUGCCCAUCCGCAGGACCGUGCCCAAAGACCAGCAAGUAACGAAAGAGUGCCAGAAAUGCGGAAAAAAGAUUGACCACCGCAACAAGACCCGCCAUUCGGCUUUCCAUUCUAAGUUGUUCCGAUUCGAGUGCAAGGAAUGUGACUACAAGUCUCAUCUGCGCCACAACAUGUCCACCCACAUCCGCUUCAAGCACGGCGGUGUCGCCGACUUCAGCGAGAAAAAGUCGAUCGACUUAGCAAAGGAGCGCACCCGUGUCUACGCCGAAUGCUUUGGAGGCUAUCAGCGCAAUCAUGCUCUUCGUAUUCUCAGCGGCCAGAAGGAGAUCACUGAUCUGAGCUUCCUCGCCGACUCGAUUGUCACCAACAUCUCCACCGGCUCCGAUAUCAGCAUGCUGAUCGAGCCCGAGGAAGAGGCCGCCGACGCCGAGACGAUCGAAUGCCUGGGGGAGCAAACGGUGUCCUCGCGCGUCGUGACGGCCCUGAAGAAGGGCAAAGCGCAGAAGUGCCAGAAAUGCUCUCGUUUCGUCGGGCCGAACAAGAAGUUCAUGCACGCGAUGAUCCAUUCGCACAUGAAGCGCUUCAGAUGCAGUGAAUGCGGUGUCUGCCACGGCUACAAGCAGAAUCUCCAGAACCACAUCCGCGUCGCCCACCACAACGGAGCCCACGUCAUCGACGAGCUCAAUGACGAGAUGAAGGCCGAAUUCGAGCGUCUGGUGCGCGAGUGCUUCCCGGAGACGAAGCGCACCCGGGCCGCUUAUUGCGAAGGACGCACGCCCGACGCCAAGCACAAGGUGCUAGCCAUCGAGCAGCUCAACGUGGCUGCUGCAUCGGAUUUUGCAUCGACUUCAGUCGCCCGGCACAACGGCAGCCCGCCUCCCGUCGAAGUCGAGGUUCCGCUCUUCCAAGCCGGCGAAGACAAGAAGAACCUCAUCGCCAUCGACUCUCAA